AUGGUCUCCUCCAACAUGCUUGACCUGCCUCAAACGGCUCUCCCAAUUGGGAGCUUGGUCGUAGUCUCUGGCGCUAGCGGUUGCAUGGGCAGCCACAUUUGCGAUCAACUUCUCGGACUAGGCUUUAGAGUCAGAGGCAUUUCCCGGAACGUGAAAACGUCUGGAUGGAUCGAGACUAUGUUCACGAAGACGUAUGGCCCCGGCAAGUUCGAGCUUAUCGAAGUUCCCGACUUCAGUGCCCCGGGGGCUUUCAAUGCCGCUGUUAAAGGUGCCCAUGGAGUUGUUCAUACGGCAGCCGACACAAGCCUUGACUUGAACCCUGAUAACGUCGUUUCCCCCAUGGUAUCCGCCGCCAUCGGCAUAGCUGAGGCGGCAGCUUCUGCGCCUUCUUGCAGCAGGCUUGUUUACACUUCAUCGUCGAGUGCAGUGGCCGAUCCCGCCCCAGGCAUCGUUCGAAAAAUCACCAAUGAAACGUAUAAUGAAGAAACGGUUAUCGCUGGCUACUCGCCCGAUCUCCGCCAAGAUCUUGUUGGGGGUCAUACUGUCUAUGCUGCUGGAAAGGUCAAGACAGAGCAGGCACUGUGGAAGUGGUAUCACUCGAGGGCUCCUAGCUUGGUUAUGAACACAGUCAUCCCAAGCCCUUGCUACGGCGAAGUUCUUUAUCCUAAAAGCCAGGGCUUCACUGCUGCAAUGGGGGUUUUAAAGAUGCUAUGGGACGGGGAUGGCUCCGAGGAGAUUGUGAAGAUGUUUGAGUCACAGUGGUUCUGCGAUGUGAAGGACGUGGCCAGCCUCCACGUCGGAGCCUUACUGCUACCCCAAGUUAAAUCUGAGAGGCUGUUUGCGUACGCUGGGAGAUACACGAUCAACGACUUCUUGCGAAUUUUCAAGACCGCCUAUCCUUUGCGGGAGUUUCCGGAGGAGGCGGAGAACAUACUUGAAGAUGCGACAGAGGUUCCAAAUGAGAGGUCAACUGAAGUGCUGAAGCUGUUGGGUCUCAAGGGUUGGAAAAGCCUGGAGGAGUGCCUUGAGCCUGUGACUAAGCAGUUUGUUGACGCAUCUGGUUGA